AUGGCCAGGAGGAGAAGGGCUUUUUCAGAGCUGGGCUGGGAUUGGUGUCCACACGUUGUGUCUCUUGACCACUUGCCUUUCUUCCCUGCACUGCCUUCUUCCUUUAGACACAUCAAUGUUGGCAGUGACUUUCAGGCCGAGCUCCCUGAGCUGCAGAGCACAGCGCCAAGUGAGGAUGAAGAGCAUGCAAGCCUGGUGUGGAAGCCUUGGGGGGAAGACGACUUGGACAUGGAAAAGCCUGACCCAGUCAGAGAACUGCUGGACAUGGCCAGCUCGCGUGGCGUUGCCAGGCCAGAGGCUCAGCUGGAGCUGGCCCUGCACUGCCUGCACCAGGCCUGCGGCAGUGUUCCGGAGGCUCUGGAGAUGUUCCUGUCAGGGGGGCCUCCCACCCCUCCAGGCCAUCCCUUGGCUGAUUAUCAUUACGCAGGCUCUGAUAGAUGGAGCCCUGAGGAGAAGGAGUCCUUUGAGAAGGCUUUGCACACCUAUGGCAAGGAUUUCCAUCUCAUCCAGAAGCAGAUUCCCAGCAAGACUGUGGCCCAGUGUGUGGAGUACUACUACUCCUGGAAAAAACAACAGAAACUUGCUCGCACUCCUGCUCAGGUAAGAAAAUCCAGACCUGCCAGGAGGGUCAAGAAAGUGGCAGAAGGGGGCAAAACCUGCUGCUGA